GAGGGCAAUGGUCAGAUACUUUUUACCACACAAGACAGUCAAUCCAUUGGUGCCAAUAAUUCGUACACUUACCAUUUAUCCCUUAGUCGCGGUAUGAAACCUGAUGAAGCGGUAAAAACACUUUCUGAAAUAUCGGGUGUUGCUUCAAAUAAAGAGUGCAUUUUACGAGUUGCGAAGGCUUUAGAUUUCCAGCCACUAGCACUAGCGUGUGCAGCAACUUACAUGACGCGUGUAAGUGAUAUAACCUCAAUCUCAUGGGAAGAAUAUUUACAGAAGAUUCAACAAGGCAAGCGAGAAGCGACUGAAGGGGAAUAUAAAAGAAUUAGUGUAACUUACCCUCAAUCGAUGACUGCAGCAGUGAAGCUGUCCUUAGAAAAAGAAAUGGCUGCAAACAUGGUUAUGAUGCAUGCUUUUCAGUUCUUGUCUGCGUUAGGCCCUCAGCGGAUACCCUUGGAAUAUGUCGUACAAUAUGUAACACGUUGCAUGACAGGUCAUGACGAAGAUCUCGUGGCCGCCACUGUCUUUUCAUCUUCACUUAUUCUUAAUUAUUCCCAAGACCAGUCAAAAGAGAUUGGUAUACAUCAAGUUGUACAUAGCUGUCUGCAAGAUAUUGUUCUACACAAGAGCAAAAAAGAAGAAUUUCAUUUCUUGGUAAACGUAAUUAAUGCYUUUUCAGCACUUUUAAACGCCUUUGAUGGAGACAACGUCAAUCACAUUAAAACAACAAAAUUUGUAGUAGUGCAUUUUAUGCACUUCUCAAAACAUUUAACCAAUUUUACAACGGAAUCUUUAUCUCCAAUAAAACAGAAAACGAAUUUUGAACAAAAACAAAACGAGUACGUAAGCUACUUCUCAGCCGCCGGAGACGUCUGCCAAACCCACGCUAAGCAUGAAGCUGCGAUAACAUUGUUUAAAACAGUACCAUUGAAUAAUCUAGGAUCGAACCUCCAUGAACUGGGCAAGCUUGAAGAAGCGCAGAAAUGUUACGAGAGAGCAUUGACUAUUCAAGAAAUGGCAUAUGAUCAAACUAAUCCGACACUUGCUCCUACAUUGAAUAAUUUAGGAUCGAACCUCAUUGGUCUGGGCAAGCAUGAAGAAGCGCAGAAACAUCUCAAAAGAGCAUUGACUAUACAAGAGAAGGCGUAUGAUCAAAAUCAUGCAGCACUUGYUACUACAUUGAAUAAUCUAGGAUCGAACCUCAUUUUUCUGGGCAAGCAUGAAGAAGCGCAGAAAUGUCUCAAAAGAGCAUUGACUAUUGGAGAGAUGGCGUACGGUCAAAAUCAUCCAAAACUUGCUACUACAUUGAAUUAUCUAGGAUUGAACCUCCAUCGUCUAAGCAAGGAUGAAGAAGCGCAGAAAUGUUACGAGAGAGCAUUGACUAUUCAAGAGAAGGCGUAUGAUAAAAAUCAUCCAACACUUGCUCCUAUAUUGUAUAGUCUAGGAUUGCAUCUCCGUAAACUGGGCAAGCAUGAAGAAGCGCAGAAAUGUCUCGAGAGAUUAUUGACUAUUCAAGAGAARUCGUAUGAUCAAAAUCAUCCAACACUUGCUACUAUAUUGAUUACUCUAGGAUCGAACCUCCAUGAUCUGGGCAAGCAUGAAGAAGCGCAACAAUGUCUCAAAAGAGCAUUGACUAUUCAAGAGAUGGCGUACGGUCAAAAUCAUCCAACACUUGCUACUACAUUGAUUCAUCUAGCAUUGAUGCUCAGUGAUCUCGGCAAGGAUGAAGAAGCGCAGAAUUGUUUCGACAGAGCUUCGACUAUUCAAGAGAUGGCGUAUGAUCAAAAUCAUCCAACA